CCAAUUUCCCCCCCCCUUUCAUUCCCAAUUUUCCACUUUCCCACCCCAAAAAAAACCCCAAAAAUCUCCAAUAAACCCCAAAAACCUCCUUUUUUUUCCCCAGAAUUCCCAAAAAUUGGCCCCAAUCCCAAUUUUUUUUGUUGUUUUCCCAGGACAAAUCGACCUUAAAUAAAAAAAAAACCACUUUGGGUUAAUUUUUAAUUUUUAAACCAUUCCAAGAGGGUUUUUUUUGAUUCCAGGGAUCAAAAAUCCCCUUUUUUUUUGCUUUUUUUUGGGUUUUUUUUCCUUCUUUUCUCCCUCAUUCCCAGAUUUAUUUUUUUUUUAUCCCCUUUUCCCAGAUUUUUCCAGGAUGGAGGAAGAGGAGCAGCUGCACCACGACCUCAGGGACUUCACAGACCGGGGUUUUCUCCGGAGUUUUCUCCGCUCUUCCCUCCCUUUUUGGCUCCUGCUCGGCCUCUCCUUCCUCCUCAACCUCUUCCUCUCCAGCCUGGCCCUUGCCAGAGUUUCCGGCCUCUCUUCCCAACUCCGGGAGCUGAAACCUCAACGGGAGCUCAACUUUUCCAACCGGGAUUCGCUCCUUUUUCCCUGCGGGCCGAAUUCCCGGGACUGGGAAUAUUUCCAUGGAAAAUGUUACUACUUCUCCCUGGGCAAAUCCAGCUGGGAACGAGCUCGGAGCCAGUGCCGGGAGCUCGGGGCUCAACUCGCAGUCAUCGACAGCUUCCCGGAGCAGGUGCUGCUUCCUGAUCCCAAAUCCCACAUUCCUGAUCCCAAAUCCACCUCCCAAAUCCCUGUCCUUGAUCCCAAUCCAUGUCCCAAAUCCCUGAUCCCGAUCCUGAUCCCAAAUCCACCCCGGAUCCAGUGCCGGGAGCUCGGGGCUCAACUCGCAGUCAUCGACAGCUUCCCGGAGCAGGUGCCGCUUCCUGAUCCCAAAUCCCACAUUCCUGAUCCCAAAUCCCAAAUCCCUGAUCCUUUUCCUGGUCCUGAUCCCAAAUUCCUGCCCCUGAUCCCGAUCCUGAUCCCAAAUCCACCCCAGAUCCAGUGCCGGGAGCUCGGGGCUCAACUCGCAGUCAUCGACAGCUUCCCGGAGCAGGUGCUGCUUCCUGAUCCCAAAUCCACCUCCCAGAUCCCAAAUUCCUGACCCUGAUCCCAAAUUCCUGACCCUGAUCCCAAAUUCCUGGUCCUGAUCCCGAUCCUGAUCCCAAAUCCACCCCGGAUCCAGUGCCGGGAGCUCGGGGCUCAACUCGCAGUCAUCGACAGCUUCCCGGAGCAGGUGCCACUUCCUGAUCCCAAAUCCCACAUUCCUGAUCCCAAAUCCACCUCGCAGAUCCCAAAUUCCUGACCCUGAUCCCGAUCCUGAUCCCAAAUCCCCCCCGGAUCCAGUGCCGGGAGCUCGGGGCUCAACUCGCAGUCAUCGACAGCUUCCCGGAGCAGGUGCCACUUCCUGAUCCCAAAUCCCACAUUCCUGAUCCCAAAUCCCAC